GAGAUAACGAUGGUUUGAGUACUAUCAAAUCAAUGUGAUUCAUUCCGUUAAAAAGAACGGAGCUAUCAACUAAUUUCAUUUCAUCCAUCCCAUCAUCAGUCAAUUUUAGAUUGAAGAGUGGAGUUUACCGUGGUGUGUCAUGGCUUCUUACAAAGGCUAGUGUUAAAAUUACCCAAAAAAUUAGCUCAAAUGUAACAGCAUCGUUUACUACAUGCAUUAUCGAAUACUGUGGAAUUAAAAGUAUGCGUUUGAGCGUAAAUAAUCGUGUAAAUAGUCAUUGAAACUAGAUAUAUAGGUUCUUUUUACUUCCUGUGUGGUCUAACAUUGAUUUAAAACCAAAUACAUGUGUAACUUUGAAGAUUCGACUGAAAUUGUAACAUGGCUACAGUUAUUCAGAAAAAUGGCAUCAAAGGACUGUCUAAUGGCAAUGGUAUUGUACAUCAGGUACAAAAUAUAAAUGGUUAUGAACAAGUAGAAGUUAUCAAUGAGACUGAGGAAGAACAAUCUCAAAUUGAAGAAACUAGUGAACAGUGUGAGCUUAAAAGCAAUGAAUACGAACAAGAACAAACUAUUGAAGAAAAUGAAAUAGACAUUGUAAUAAACAAUGUAGUAUGUAGUUUUAGUGUUAGGUGUCAUUUAAAUCUCCGCGAAAUAGCUUUAUCAGGUGCAAAUGUGGAAUACCGUAAAGAAAAUGGUAUGGUUACUAUGAAACUUAGAAGACCUUAUACAACAGCCAGCAUUUGGUCAUCAGGAAAAAUAACUUGUACUGGUGCUACUAGUGAGAUAGCUGCCAAACAGGCAGCACGUAGGUUUGCACGAUGUUUACAAAAACUUGGAUUCAAUGUGAGAUUCAACAAUUAUAGAGUGGUUAAUGUACUUGGGACUUGCUCUAUGCCCUUUUCAAUAAAAAUUAGCUCCUUUUCAGAGAGGCACAGAGAAGCUGAGUAUGAACCAGAGCUGCACCCAGGAGUUACUUAUAAAUUGAAAACUCCAAAAGCUACUCUAAAAAUUUUCUCUACCGGAAGUGUUACAGUAACUGCUCCAAGCGUAGGAGACGUCCAAGCCGCUAUCGAAUAUAUUUAUCCUUUAGUUUACGAAUUUCGUAAAGAAUUCACCAAAGAAGAACGAGAGGCGCUGCGCAGAAAAAAACUAAAACAACAAACGGGUAGUGACGCCCCUUUUGCCGAAGAUGACGAUGAAGAAGAUACUGAAAAUAUCUGCGAAUCGAACAGUGUAAGAGAAUCCGAUAUGUGGGAUUAAAAUCUUGCGUUAUUAUUUAAUUGAUUUAUACACCUUUCCUAAGUUUCUAUAACCUCACCAAAGACCAGACCUUGGACUGUUAAAAAGGAAAAAAUAAAACCAAUAUUUGUUGGAAUUCAAUAGAAAUCUUUUUUAUAUUACAAUCUUAGAAUCGAUUGUUUUGCAUUUUAAAUUCAACAUUUAUAUCUUAUUUGUCAUCAAAAUACAUUUAAUGGCAAGUGAUUAUAUCGAUGGCCUGGAAGCAAUACAAUAAAAGUUUGUUUUGCAAGUUUAUAAAUAUUAUAAAGUUUACCAAUCUGGUGAUUGGUAGAAAAGGUAUAUCAGUAUUGCAUCGCCAAAAGCGUGAUUUUUGAAUUUUUGGUACUUACUAGGUAUUGCUUCUAGGCCAUCGAAUAUACAUUUUUUGAAUUUAUACUUCUCUAGGCGCGAUUAAGAGUAAAUUUUUAUUAUUCGGCGCGCAUGGGCACACAGACAGUAUGGACUUGUUGCUAAAUCUUUCAAUUUAUGUAGAUAUGUAUCAGCGUAAAUAAGGUGCGAAACAAAUAUAUUAGUGUUUUUAGUAAAUAUAUUUAUUAUAAUUUUUGUGUCUUUGGAUUUGUCUUCCUCGGGAGUCAGAUAAUAAGUAUUAUUAAAACAUUUUUAUUUUAUGCUUCACUUGAUCUAUUUGUCACCGUGAUUGUAAUUAUGUCCGAGAAGCGAUGUAAACGCAGCCGUGGUAGGUCAUUCGACUAGAGAUCGAAAAGUCCCGCGUUCAAAUCCGGACAAUUCAUAUUCCUUUUUUUAAAUUUUUGCUAUUGUUUUAAUAAAAAAUUUUUGAAAGUGGUAAGUAUUAAAAUUAGUUUCAUAUUUAAAUAAAAUACAAAUAAACUGUUUAAGUAUAUUUAAUUCGUUGAAAUCAUUUACUAGAAGUAUAACUUCUUACGUGCGUACAAAGUACACACACAUUCUUUUUUUUUUUUGUUAAAAACCACAAAUUUUGACAGAUUCACUUACGAGGUAUUGCAUCUAGGCCAUCGAUAUGUUUUUAUUUUUGUAUAAAAAUUAAUUAUCUCACCUUCCAAUAGUGUUAUUAAAAAGCUGCCGAACUAUGUUGUUUUCAGUGUUUCACCAUUGUCUGGAAAUCACAGUAUGUAAAUGGGAAAAAUAAAAUCUUUAUUAAUGUUUCGACUUCUAAUUCUGAAGUUAUUAUCGAAAUACAAAUCCGCUAUUGAAGAUUUUAUUUUCUUCUAUUGUUGUAAGGAAUGGAAUAACCUGUAGUAAUAAAAACAAUAAUUCUAAUAGACUUAGGGCCGGUUGUUCGAACGCUAAUCAAAAAUGGAAUCAACUGAUCAUUAUCAAAUAUUUAAUUACUGUCACCAACUGUCAAUGCCAACUUUGUUUGGGUUGCUGAAAACAUAAUUAAUUACAAUUAUGAGAUUUAUUAAUCAAUUAUGUUAAUAAUUGUUUUGUUAAUUAAUAACUAAUCAGUCAAUAAUGUUAAUUAUCAUAAUGAUAAUUAACAUAAUUGAUUACAAUCAACUGAUUGACGUACGAAUGAGGAGUGUUGUUAUUUGAUGGUUGUUAAGGGGACUUAAUUAUAAUCAACUUCUUGAUUAUCGUUCGAACAACCCGCCCUUAGGAUCAAGAACGCUAAUCAAGAAAUUGAUUAUAAUUAAGUCCCCUUAACAACCAUCAAAUAACAAUACCCUCAUUCGUACGUCAAUCGCUUGAUUGUAUUUAAUUAUGUUAAUUAGCAUUAUGAAUAUUAACAUAAUUUAUUGAUUAAUUAAUUAUUAAUUAACAUAACAAUUAUUAACAUAAUUGAAUAAUAAAUCUCAGAAUUGUAAUCAAUUGUAAUAAUAUGUUUUCAGCAACACAAACAAAGUUGACAUUGACAGUUGGUGACAGUAAUUAAAUAUUUGAUAAUGAUCAGUUGAUUCCAUUUUUGAUUAGCGUUCGAACAACCGGCCCUAAGAGUUGGUAUAGGUGAAAUUUGCUAAUCAUUUUAGGCACGAUAAGAGCCUAUAACUUAAAUAGUAGAAAUUUUUCUAAGUAGUAGUAGUAGGUUCAAAUUAGUAUUUUUUUUAAAUAAUAAAAAAAAAUUUGAGGUUAUGAGUACACUCAACCUACUGGUCUAUAAAAAUAGACUUGUUUUGUAAAAACCUCAACUAGGCGUGCAGAUUUUUUGAAAUUUUAAAAUUGAUUGCAUCCCACCUAAAAAAAAUAAAAACGAAAAAUGAAGUUUUUGAUGGUGGAGGAAGGGGGUGGUGGGUUAAAAUUACGCUGAGUUUUAUUUUUUAAUCACAUAGAACUUUAAAAAAAAAUUGAAUUCUGGAAGUGAGGGAGGGUACCUUUUAAUUUAUUUAUUCCGUCCACAAGUGGAAAGUUUGAUGCGCCACUGUCGACGCAUGUGUCACUAAAAAGUGACGGCACAGUGUUCAUACGUUUUCUUUUAGGUUGUACUAUUUAAGUUCUAGGCUCUUAUCAUGCUUAAAAUGAUAUAUACCUACAGUCGUAAAAAUGAAAGAAUACCCAUGAACGAUCACAUCAAUCACUUAUUUUGUAUUUGCUGUCUUUUUCUAUAAAUAAUAAACGUUUGUUAUAGAAAGAGGCAGCAAAUACAAAAUAAGUGAUUGAUGUGAUCGUUCAUGGGUAUUCUUUCAUUUUUCCGACUGUAUACCGGCUCUUAGUUUAUAAUACUGUAGAUGAGUUUGCAUUUUUGAAAAGUUGACCUUUUUCAUUGAUUCUUGAGAAAUGUUUCAAUGAACGACAACACUGAUGUAUACAUUUUGAUUUUUAUCUCUGUAUCAGUACUUGGAUACUGAACGAGUCAUACAUACAAUUGUACCCAAGCCACUCCAAAAUCCGCACUGAGUAUUGUUAAUUGUCUACUAAUAUCCUGUUUAUUCUGCCAUGUAUUAUUCGCAGGAAGAGCUUCAACCCAUAAAAACAUAAUUGUCCGAUAAUCACUGCAUGUUUUUGCACGAUGUUUCUUUGGUAUUGUGACAAAUAAUGCCGAGUUAGCCAAUCAGUUGGUAGCAUACAAGUGUCACAAAUUCUGUUGAAGAUACCACAGUGCUUUAAUUCCAAUUUCUCCCAAAAACUUUCACUACCAAGUAUUUCCGCAUUCACUUCAUCGGGACUUAGUGCUUUUCCAUUUUUUGCCGUUUGUAUUGCCCAUGUCACCUCACUUUCUGUUAUACAGGGUAAUUCAUUAAGAAUGUCCAAUCUCUGAGUUGUAGAUUCUAGACCACAAAAUAUUAAGAUUUAACCCAAAUAAAAUGUGUUUUAUUUAAAAAGUUAAUAACUAUUUUUACCCUGUACUUUAAAACUGCUUGACAUAUCCGUGUCAUACUUGGCAAAAAGUGUAGGUACCGCACACCCUACUAAAUUAUGAUAAACAAACGUUUCUGCCUACUACCAGAGGCGUACGACAGGGGACAGUGAAUGGUUUACCCUUCCCAAAUUCUACGCCACUGGCGGAAUCGCUAUUUUAACACAAUAUUUCGAUUCUACAAUACUUUCUGUGUAAAUAAUAUACUCUUUAUUCGUAACGAUAAAGUCAUUAGUUUUCGAGAUAUUUGAAGUUGAAAAUGAAACGACACAGCUAUUUUGAUUAAUGUAUUCUCUUUUAAUUUUAACUUCAAAUAUCUCGAAAACUAAUGAUUUUAUCAUUAUAAAUUAAGAAUAUAUUAUUUACAUAGAAAUUAUUGUAGAAUCAAAAUAUUGCGCUAAAAUAGCAAUUCCGCCAGUGGCAGAGGAUUUGGAAAGGGUAAACCAUGCACUGUCCCCUGUCGUGCGCCUCUUGUAGUGGCUAGAAACAUUUAUUUAACACAAUUUAGUAGGGUGUACAACACCCACACUUUUUGGCAAGUAUGAUAAGGAUAUUUGAAAUACUUUUAAAGUGCUGGAUACAAAUCGUUAAUAUUUAAUCCAAAUCACUUAAAUAAAAUGUGGCUCCUUACUGAGUUACAGCAUAAUUUAAAAAAUAUUUGUACCCCGUACUUUAAAAGUACAUAUUUCAAAUAUCCUUAUCAUACUUGCCAAAAAGUGUAGGUACUGUACACCCUACUAAAUUACGUUAAAUAAACGUUUCUGGCUACUACCAGAGGCGUACGACAGGGGACAGUGAAUGGUUUACCCUUCCCAAAUUAUACGCCACUGGCAGACUUGCUAUUUUAGCGUAGUAUUUCGAGUCUCCAAUACUUUCUAUGUAAAUAAUAUACUCUUCAUUCAUAAUGAUAAAAUCAUUAGUUUUCCAGAUAUUUGAAGUUAAAAAUGAAAGAGUAUACAUUAAUCAAAAUAGCUGUGUAGUUUCAUUUUCAACUUCAAAUAUCUCGAAAACUAAUGACUUUAUCGUUACGAAUAAAGAGUAUAUUAUUUACAUAGAAAGUAUGGGAGAAUCGAAAUAUUGUACUAAAAUAGCAAUUCUGCCUACACCAGAAUUUGGGAAGGGUAAACCAUUCACUGCCCCUGCCGUACGCCCCUGAUAGUAGUCAGAAACGUUUGUUUAUCAUAAUUUAGUAGGGUGUACGGUAUCUAAACUUUCUGCCAAGUAUGACAAGGAUAUGUCAAAUAGUUUUAAAGUACUGGGUAAAAAUAGUUAUUAAAUUUUUAAAUGAAACACCCUGUGACUCAGUAACGAGCUACAUUUUGUUUAGGUGAUUUAAGUUAAACCCUAAUAUUUUGAGUUUUAGAAUCUACAACUCAGAGAUUGGGCAUUCUUAAUGAAUCACCCUGUAUAUGGACCUGUUAUGGAAAUCGUUGUAUAUUGUUCUACUCUGCCAUCUUCAAAUGAUUCAGAAAUACAGGUUUUCCAUUCGUUUAAUUGUUUUACUCUCUGUUAUAUUUAUAUAAAUUAAUAUAUCUUUCCUUCUUUCUAGUCAUAAUAUUUUGAGAAACAUUUUGGAAAAUGAGUUGAUACAAUAGUUAUAUCUAUCAACAAAUUUAAAUAAUCAUUGUUUUGUUUUUUUUUUUCUGAAUGAAAUAAAUAGAUGACUCAAUAAUAUUAUUCAAUAUAUUUUUAAUAUAUUAUUAUUAAAAUGAAAAAUCUUAUCUUAAAACUACAAUAAUAUUAAUAAACAUUAAUGGUUGUCGUUUCUAUCUUGCUAAUAGUCUGAAGUUGCAAUUAUUAGCCUGUUUUAUCUACAAGAAUAAUUUUCUCCCCAAUCAAAAUAGUAUCUUCAAUAUUUUUUUGCUAUUUGGGAUAUUGUUUUCGCAUAAGUUCAAUUUCAAUUCAAAGCCGCAUUUUUUUUUCGUGCUAUUAAAUGACUAUCGACUACUAUAUUUUGUAUGCAAAAUAUUAAUUUGCUUAUUCUGUACAAGGCGGCUUGACGGCUCAGUGAACUGGUACUCUCUUCAAAAUGAGUAGUGUGCUGGGUUUAAACGCUGCAGUUUAAAAUUCAAUAGUUACGUGGCUUUUAAUUGGUAUUCGCGAGUGAAUUCGGUAGUACAUUGAAAGAUAGUCAGGUAUUACUCAGACAUAGGUAGUACUCAAUGAUGCUCAUUCAUCGGGCUCUACCAGAAAACGUUAAUACCCUAGAAAUACACAUACAGUGGAUCUUAGUUAUCGGUCUACUUAAGCGACUAUCAGAGAAUCAAUUUAAAGAUUAAAAGAAACACGUUUCACUGGAACUAAAACAAUCAAAAAAAGAAUGUGUGUGUACUUUGUACGCACGUAAGAAGUUAUACUUCUAUUAUAUGAUUUCAAAGAAAUAAAUAUAUUUUAAACAGUUUAUUUUUAUUUUAUUUAAAUAUUAAACUAAUUUUAAUACUUACCACUUUCCAAAAAUUUUUAUUAAAACAACACCAAAAAUAAAAAAAAAGAAUAGCAAUUGUCCGCAUUUGAACCCGGGAUCUCUCGAUCUGUAGUCGAAUGCUCUACCAAUAACCCACGACCGCACUAUUUAUGUGCUUUCUCGGACAUAAUGACAAAUCACGGUAACAUAUAGACGAAGUGAAGUAUAAAUAUAAAAACGUUUUAAUAAUACUUAUUCUCGUACUCGUGAGGAAGACAAAUCCAAAGGCACAAAAAUAAUUAUAAUAAAAAAUAUAUUUACUAAAAACACUAAUAUAUUCUUUCCAUACCUUUUUUGCACUGAUACAUACAUAACUUGAGAGAUUUAGCAACGAAUUCCAUACUGUCUGUGUGCGCAUGCGCCCAGGAUAAUAAAAAUUCACUCCCAAUCGCGCCUAAAGAAGUAUAACUUCAAAAAAGUAAAAACUGUCUAACUGUUGAGCUAAAUAUUGAAUAAAACUGUUGUAUUAAAUUAUUUUAGUUGAGAUUAUAUACGUUUAAUGUUGAUUUUUCCAAUACCAAUGUUUUAUUUUUUCUUUUUUAUUGUUUUUUUUUUUGUUUUUCUGAGGUCUGGCCUAGCAGUUUUUAAUAUAAUGCUUGAACCUAGUCAGGUACAUAUUUUCGGUAGAUGAAGACUGAAAGAAGUUUUUCUUUGUGAUGAUUUUUGUUUUUCGUUCGGAUGAUUUGCAUCCAUACAUUAUGGAUAUCUGUAGGAUUUAAAACAUAUUAAAGUUACAAAUUUGCGUAAUAACUGUUAAUUGCCGAUAUUAUUUUUGAUUCCAUUUUUACAUUAUACCAAAGCAAAACGAAUAAUGUUUGUUCAAGAAUUUAUGUUAGUAAAACAUAUAAAUUUGCGUAAUGCUUAAUUUCCGAUAUCAUUUGGAUCCCAUUAUUACAUUAUACCAAAGCAAAACGAAUUCAUACUAUAGGAUAUUGCAUACACUGACAUUUAAUCAAAUCAUUUUGUUAAUUUAGUACGUUUUUUUUUAUUGUUAACUAUCGUUAUUUAUUGCUUAGCUACUGUUCUGGCCAGUUUUUAAGAUAUAAGAAUGUUCACCUGAUACAUAUUUUUUGUACAUUUCAUAUUUGCACAACACAUUAAUUACAACAGUAAACAAGGUUACAUCAACCUAAAAUCAAGCACAGUGUUAAAUUUUGUUUUGGUAAUAAUAAUAAUAAUAUUACACACAAUGUUAUACACAAUAUUAUACACAAGGUUGGAUCUCCAAGAAAUAAAAUAUACCAAUAAGCUAAGUUUAUUUUUAUAUUAGCAUUGGAACAAUUAAAGUUGGUGCAUCCUCGGAGACCAUCGCUGUCAUGAAAUUUGUGUUCACUGACCUCCAAAACCCCCAAAUAUAAAAAUUGAAGUCAUUUCCGUCAAUAUUUCCCGAGUUCUAAAUUUUUCAUUUUCCAUCUCUUCGAGAUGCACUUUGAAAAUGCAUUUUCUCAUGCACAAAUUUUUUUGCCGGUGAUCAAUUUAGUUCACAAAAUUGCCUGACACUCUCUCGAAUUGAAUGCAAAAAGUUGCAUGACGAUUCAUCUUACUGCAGGUUUUGGGCUUUUUAGUGCUUCGUUGCUUCGUCUAUUAGCCGGUACCCGUUUAGUAGAUUACUUUUUUCAGCUUCAUGCAAAGCUUCGAUAAGAGAUAGACAUUGAAGAUUAAAGGAGACAAAAUACAGCUUUGCCACAUAAUUUUCACAUUUUUGGUUUGUUCACCUUCAACUGUGAGGUUAGAAGUCUGAUUCCAGUAAAGGUUUUUUUAAUUACUUUCAGAUCUUGGUUGUUAAUUCCCGCUUCUUUUAGUAUUUGCAUCAUCUUGACGUGUUGUACUCGAUCAAACGCCUUCUCGUAAUCAACCAGACAUGCGUAUACGUCGUAAUUGACGUGUCCGCAUCUCUGGAAUAAGGCUUAUAUUGAGAACAAAGCCUCUCUCUUACUAACAGCAUUUAUGAACCCGAACUCGUUGGGGUAAAUUUGACUUUCAUAUGGCUUGUAAACCACUUUCACACCGGUCAAAACAAAACUGAACAAUUCGACUAAAAUGUUUGACAGUUUGGUAGAAGUAGAGUAUGUAGUGUAGAAGUGCUUCUACAUACGCACUUCACCUUCUAGAUCAUAAUCAUUCUUUCAAUGAAGAGUUUCAAAUUCUACAUAUUCAAAAUAAAGGCCUUAAGCUAUCACUUUUAGAAUCAAUGGAAAUUAAUAAAUUGAAAAAUACAGAUAUAAUUCUGAAUGACCAACUCGAGACAAACAUCUCCCCACUCCUCAACCUCUUCAGUUAAAGACUUAAAAAGGCAAACACAUUGUUAAAUAUAUCACUUGAGAAAGGCACUUUGCCGAAACAGCUGUAGUAACAACAUAGUUGUAAUAAAUUUUGUGGAAGUAUAGAAAAACAAACGUUUUUCAGUGUUUUAUUGUGAGAAGUUAAUAACUAAAAAUUAAAGUGACCUAGUACCAUUCAAAUAUUCUUUAGUGACUUAAACCUUACCUGAUCAAACCUAACUCUAAAUUUUUCUAAUUUCACCUUAAAUUUAAGCUCGCCUUUCACGUAGACAAACACUCAAAUAAUUGUACUUAAUUAAAUUAACACAUUCUAUAUUUCCAUAAGGAAUUAUAAUUUUUUUUUUAAAUAAGAUAACAUUGCAGAAUCAACUGCGCUCAACCCAUGCUUAAACCAAAUUUACACCAAAUGCGCAAUUGUCAUGGCGGCCAUAUUUUGAAAAUAUCACAUUUUUAAAUGAGAUAAACACAAAAAUUAAUGCUGAGCGCCCUUAAUUAUGAAUUUUAAAUUGAAAGAAAAGUGAGGCAGAUCGCACAUAUAUUAUACACAGUUGUCAGACUAGUGUGGGGAGUGAGUCAAUACCAAAUAAAUACCCUCUGAGCUAUAGAAAUAAAACAUUGAGACGAUGAUUAAUAUAGUUUAUCAUUCGAUAAGGGCUUCCUUUUUCCAGUAACUCUCGCAAUCCUUCUCCUCAAUUCGUUUUUCAACGCACAAACAGUUUCCAAGAUCCGUAUAUUUCGGCCAUAAUUUAUUAUUUAUUAAAUCGUAAUCAAAAACACCACGAAUAGUCAAAAUGUUGACCUCCAACUACACUAGCGCCGCCAAGCGGGAGCAACGGCGUACAUAAGUGCCAUUAUCUAGUUGUUACCAUGAUACUAUAAAUAAGAAGAUAAUAUAUUGCGCAUCCUGAAGGGAGGGUAUCGUGACGCAACUGGAGACCGGCACGUUCGUAAUGGUUCGUAACGUUCGAUUAGUUUGAAUCGUUCGCGGUUGUAAGAUAAGUGUAUUUUAUAUUUUAUCUUUGUAACACCUUUGUGUUAUGAGAUAUCUUUUAUAAACAAAUAACACAAAAAAGUCGUUAAAUAUUAUUUUGAUAAUUGAAUAAUUUCAUGAUAGAAUGCAUACACAUCCCAUUUAACUUUAACAAGAAUUCAAAUUCAAAUUGGUCUCCAGUUACGUCAUCAUGCGCGAAAUCGGACGUAUUUGGGCUACGGGAAGAUGCUAUCUGGUUAUUUUUAGUAUCAUGCUUGUAACGUAUUUUGGAUCAUUCUGUGCAUCGUACAAAUCCAGUUGGAACGCAUAUACUGUAGUGCGCAUGCACUACAGUAUAUACUGCAUAGUUUUAUAUCGAGUUAGAACAAACGUUACUUGUUCAAAUAACUGCUUAAAAUUGUCUAGCUCACGGAAUGUGAAGUGCCGGUGAAAGACGAAUUAAAUAUUUGAUCUGUCGCGCGAGGGAGUGGAAUAUUUAUUGUAUGUAUUAUUUCUUGCAGUACCAACCCUUUACUGUUGUGUUUGAAAUUGAACAGCGUGAGAGGAAUAAGCAAAAUGAUAUAGUGAGAAAGAUUCUGAUUUUUAAAACAAUUAUUUUUUUUAAUAUUAAAUUUAAUGAAUACUCGCUGGAAUAACUCAUUCUAUUAAAAGCCAUAUUUUCAUGGCUGAAUACUGAGAAAAAAAUGAUACCAGCACAAAUUGUUUCAAUUAUUUAAAAUUUUUUUCCUAAAUCUUAUCCCAAAAUUGUAAGAUUUGUUGUUAUUGAUUUUAUUCAUUAUAUUUUAAAACUAAUUUUAUGCUAUUGUAUAAUAUUAAUAUUGAUUAAGAGAGGUUGAAUAUUUAUUCAAAAUUGUAUAAACUUUUACCAGCUGUUACAUCGGAUCUAAAUGAUGAUUAGUUAGUCCCUUGAAAUGUUACAUUUUUUAGGCCUUAGCUUGCGUUUUUUAGAAGACGCAAUUGUAUUUUUUUAAUGUGUACGGGAGGUCAGUAGAAGCUUAAGUUCAAAUUUGUGGGGUCGCCACCCUUGUCCCCUGGUCGUCAACCCUGUCCCCUGGUCGAAAAAGGGGAAGCAAAAUACGGCGCAAAAAACCUUCCCACCCCUUUUUCCAAGAUGGCGGCCGGGGGACAAGGGUGGCGACCCCACAAAUUUGAACUUAAGCUUCUACUGACCUCCCGUACACAUUAAAAAAAUACAAUUGCGUCUUCUAAAAAACGGAACCUUAAAUGUAAGAUUUCAAUGGACUAGAUACUGGUAGUCUGCUGUGAAACAAAACUAAAGUAGAAUCUGUUUUUAGUUUGGUUUUAUAAAGUAACCGAUUUUUGUAUUUAACUUUUAGUUUCCGAUAUAUUAAUAUUUGCGUUUUCCUUGGAAUCAACAGAUACCUAUGUUUGUGUAGAUAUUUUUAGUUUUAUAAUUUUUGGUUCAAAAUAAAACGUCUAUUUAUAUUAAAAAUGAGUUGUACUAAUUUAAUAAUAAAUUCGUUCGAAAUAUUUGUUCCUUGAAGAUUUUUACUACUGAAACAGCAAUAUAUGAUAUUUCAACUGAAAAGAAUACGAGACUGACAGUGAACAUCUAAAAUGAAAUUUAAAGGCACUUUAUAUUGCGACAAGAGAUGCAAUACCUGAAUCACACCAAAUUACAAUAAACAAUAAUUCUAUAUUUUAUAAGAUAUGGUUGGUACAGUAUAAAUACCUUUGUACGUCAUUAUCUACGUCAGAGAGCUAAGUUGACAUUGGUGCCAAAUUACAAAAAAGUUCCUGAUUAAUUUUAAAUCAAAUGUAUCAUAGAAUUAUUGCAGAAGUGGAUUAUACAACAAAAUAAAUUAAUAUUCAAUGUAAAUAAAAAACAUUAAAAAUAGAAAACAAGAAUUAAGUAAUAAUCUACGUGAAAGUAAAUAAUAAAAACAAAUCUGAACUGUCAACAUCUCAGCUGCCAAAUAAGUGUUACCAAUUUAUGCCAAAAUGUCACCUUCGUUCAAUUGCAGUUAAAAUGUGAUCCGGACAAGUGUGCUUCAUAAAACGCUUUAUAAUCCAUUUAAACAAAUUAAAUGAAACAAGUUGUAUACAUUUUUAAGUUUACAUUCAUAGAAAUCUUCAAAUAUUACUUCUACGCUCAUAUAAUAAAAUUCGCUAGGCUGUAAUCCCAAUGUACUUGGCUAAACGAUUCUAAAAAGGAGCAGCCAGGGCCGGUGACAACGGGCCUGCAAGGGAUGCACUGCAGGCGGGCGCCAAAUGAGCUUUUUUUGGCUGAUAUUAUACAAAAUACUAAUUAAAAAAAAACGAAGGGCGCCUAUACUAGUUUUGCAAGCGGGCACCUUAUACCCUAGCGCCGGUACUGAAACAGACGUACGACUUAAAUUUUUUGUGUUGGUAUUAUGUGACGUCACUAGUAUGACGCGGAUGACGUGCAACGGUAUUUAUACCGUACGAACCAUAUAUCGUUAGUACUUUCCACCGAGUAUAUUUCUAUAAGAAACUCGGAAGGGGUUACCUUAUAAAGGCAAAAUUCUUUGUGGUUGGCUGUAAAUAAUAGUUUAAAAAUACUUGCAAUGAAGUAAAAACUUGUAAGUGUAAUUGGUAUAUUUAUAAAAAUUAAUAAAACUAUGAAAAUAUCCAAAAGGAUUACAAUUUUCAAAACGUGUUCGGUCCUUUCAGACAAUCAACAGUGAAACUUGAGCAAUCCCACUUUUAAAGGGGUAAAAUUUUGACUGUUCAGAUAAAACACGUAGUAUGAUUGCUUACUUGAGCAUUUGCAAAUAGCCACUUCGAAAACCGUAUAAAAAUCUUGGAUUUUUAAGUUUGAAAUGUUAAAAGAAUUAAACCGAUGUAAUAUCGAUAAUUUAAGAUUGAACCCAAAGGGAACAUAAUAUUAACCCUUACUCGAAGUGAGAGCAGAAAAAUAAAUUCAAAAGGAAAGAGUUGAGAGUAAUCAUAGAUCCCAGAAAAAUUAUAGACGGAAUAUAUCAUUGAAUCAGAAAAUAGAGGGAAUUACUGAAGAAGAAAUAUAGUAAAAUACAUCAAGAGUAGACGAUAUUUUGGACAAAUUCGAAAGCUAAUUAUAAAUUGUGCAAAAUUCUAUGUAAGUCAGUUGAGUAUUAACUCGGAUAAUAACUGAAUAUGGAUUUCAAUUUUGUGUUUAAGCAUUUAGUCCAAGAGGCAGCGCUGAAAAAUCUCUUUGAAUUUACUAAAGCUAGAUUUUUCACAGUUGAUUACUGUGAUUGUGUAGAGAAACAUACUGCGGUCGGUCAAGCGAAACGUAGAACAGGGGCUACUGAGAGGGUAUCAAAGUUGCUUUCCUACGAAGGUAAUUAAAUCCAUUUACUAAGGCUGAAAAUCAGUACAGUAAUACCUCGACUUACGCUACCCCGACUUACGCGAACCCAGAGUUACGCGAUUUUCAAAUAUUGUCAAUUAGUCAUUUGAGCGCCACACAAUCGCUCGAUUAUCGAUGAAAUAGAAUUACCGCCCACAUAUUAUUGCUCAUCCAAUGUAGAUAUUUGGACUUUUCGCACGAAAUCAGCACAUCACUAGAAUUUAUUUUGUACAUUUAGAUAUUUCUUAUCUACAGUUUUGUCUGCGAGUGGGUGUUUGUUCUUUUUAUGAAAUUAGUAAUGCGAUUAAAGAAGUUGUUGAUAGUGAUGACGUUGAAGAACUGUUGAAUUCCCACAAUCGGGAGCUAACUAUUGAUGACCUCAUAGAAAUGCAUGAGGAAGAACAAGACAUUGGAGAGCUUGAUUGUUUGGAUCCAGUUUAAACUGAAGAUCAAAUAACGGUUGGAAACUUUACUGAAUGUCUCAGUUUAAUUGAAAAGGGCUUACAAAUUUUAGAAAAUAUAAACUAUAACAAAGAUCGCAUUUCUUCUACCAAACAAGGGAUAAAAAAAUUAUUAGCCUGCUAUGCAGAAAUUUUGCGAGAGGAAACAAAUCUUUGAGUUGUCUGUUUGUUAGAUUUUAUGCAGCCUUCUACAUCAAAAUAAAUUAAAUUGACAAUUUUAUGUUUGUAUAUGCUAUUUUUCUUAGCUUCCGGUCCCAAUUAAAAAUAAUUUAUAUACAUACAUAUGCGAAAUUACACCCUGACUUACGCGAAUUUGACUUACGCGGUUAUCGCUUGGUCCCACCUAUCGCGUAAGUGCGGGGUAUUACUGUACACACAUUCUAAAUUAAAUAUAAAUAAAAGUUAUUAUAGUCGGUCAGCUGUACGACGGGACAGAGCCGGUCGGUCGGCUCCAGUGAAUGUACAGGGUUAUUCACUAUAUUUUGACCCCCUUGUAAACUGCUUUAUUUACAGAAUUGGAAAAAAAUGUAAAAUACAAAAGUUAUUCCAUUUUUCAAUUAUGAUUUUUUGACAUAUAUAUCGUACUAGUGACGUCAUCCAUUUGGGCGUGAUGACGUAAUCGACUUUUUUUUUUAAUGGGAAUAGGGGUCGAGUGCUAGUUCAUUUGAAAGGUUAUUCAAUUCCCUAUUCAGUAAUGUAAACAUCAUGAUUAAUUAUACAGGGUGUCCAAAAAAAAAUUUUUAAUUAAGUUAAUUGUUUAAUUAAUAAUUAAAAAAAAAUUUUUGAACACCCUGUAUAAAUAAUGAUCUUAAUGUUUAUAGUACUGUAUAGAGAAUUGAAUAACCUUUCAAAUUAGCUAGCACACGACCCCUAUUCUCAUUUAAAAAAAUAGUCGAUUACGUCAUCACGCCCAGAUGGAUGACGUCACUAGUACGAUAUAUAUGUCAAAAAAUCGAAUAAAUUUUGUAUUUUACAUUUUUUUCUAAUUCUGUAAAUAAAGCAGUUUACAAGGGGGUCAAAAUAUAGUGAAUAACCCUGUACAUUCAUUGGGGCCGACCGACCGGCUCUGUCCCGUCAUACAGCUGACCGAUUAUAAUAACUUAUAUUUAUAUUCAAUUUAGAAUGUGUGUACUGAUUUUCAGCCUCAGUAAAUGGAUUUAAUUACCUUCGUAGGAAAGCAACAUUGAUACCCUCUCAGUAACCCCUGUUCUACGUUUCGCUUGACCGACCGCAGUAUGUUUCUCUACACAAUCACAGUAAUCAACUGUGAAAAAUUUGCUUUAGUAAAUUCAAAGAGAUUUUUCAGCGCUGCCUCUCCGUCUAAUUGCCAAGUAGGUUAUGCACAGAUUAAAAACUUAAGUAAUAAACAGAUAAGUUUUGUCAAAUGCCAGUGGCACUGGUUGCCGACACAUUCCACGCGCAACGUGAAAAUAUAGCGUCAAUAAUUUCAAUAUAUUACUUAACAACCAUGCAAAUAUAGCACAUUCUUUUUUUAUUUUACAAUAGUAGUGAUGUAGUUCAAACCAUUGCAAUAUAAAACAAAUUCUUUAUUUUUUUUGUUACAAUCGUAGUAAUUUAGUGCAGGACUUGAAUUAUUCAUAUAAAUGAAGUAGCUUAUAUUUAAAUUUCCAGACAACGUAGCGAUGUUUCAUAUUUAAUUCAUUUGUUCAACUGCACUGAACUGAGGUGCCCCAUCGGAUUGCAUCGUUUUCUUGUGAAGGCACGCGAAGGUGCGAUAGCCAUCGGUAAAGGGACUACAGUCGAACUACAUGAAUUAAUUUUAAAACAUCGCGACGUUAUAUUGAAAUUUACACUGGUUAAUUGCAAAUCAAGAAUCUAACUUAUUGCAUUGAAAGUGCAAAUGUUCCGAAAAAAGAUUUCCAUACCAUGUUAAACAUGAUAUUAGUAGCUUGAAAUGAUAAAAAUGACAAUGUAUAGUCCAAUUUCAGUUCGAUACUUUAAACAUUUUAUUUAUGUGCGAUUUUUAGAGGCAUUAUUUUUUUUAUUAAGUACACGUAUCGAAAGAAAAAUUUUAUUUAUUGUUUUAAAAAGAAAAUACUUUAUUAUUAUUUUUUUGCAGUUACUGACAAUAUAACGUUUAUGGGAAUGUAUACCAAAAACAGAUAAAUUUAGUUUUAAGUCCUUUUGUUUUCGCUUAUUUUUCAAACGAUAUAUUUAGUUAUUUUUCCUUUUUACUAUAAUCUGUACAUAUACUUAAUAAAAGUUUUCUCAAACUGUUUA